CGCACCCCAAGGAGACUAGUCCUGCCGUUCCGACGCCUUUGAUGGCGCCGCCGCCCCCUCCCCGGCCGCGGGUGGCUAUAACUGCAGGCGCGCGGGGGUCGUGGGAGGUGUCCGGGAGCCAUGGCCGCAGCAGGGUCCCAGCAGCUCCAGUUCUCCGAGGGCGCUGCUUUCUCCUCCUUCCCGGCCGCUCACCCCGGAGGGCCUCUGCUCCGGUCCGCGGCAGGGUUGCCUCCUGCGCCCCCGGACUCCCGCGCCCCAGUGGCCACGCCAUGCUUUUCAGGCCGAAGCCCUGGGGCCGCAGCGCAGACUCCCGCCGGCCUGGAUCCGCCCGAGCACCCCAAAGGUGCGGCCGCCCCGUCGGCGCCGCAGCGCCGCAAGCGCACGUCGUUCAGCUCGGAGCAGCUGCAACUGCUGGAGCUCGUCUUCCGCCAGACCAUGUACCCCGACAUCCACUUGCGGGAGCGCCUGGCCUCUCUCACGCUGCUCCCAGAGUCCAGGAUCCAGGUGUGGUUCCAGAAUAGACGGGCCAAGUCCAGGCGCCAGAGUGGGAAAUGGUUUCAGCCCUUAUCAGCAAGGCGGGAAGCUUGGCUCCAUCCCUCUGCUCCGGGGACUGAAGCAAGAUGUUUGAAGCCCCAGCUGCCUCUGGAGGCAGAUGUGAACUGCCUUCCUGAUCCCAACAGGGCUGGAGGAGGCAUCUGUGCCUCUGGUUCUCAAGGUCAGAGUUUUGACACCUAUCCACCACUCUCCGAAGACAUUGGCUCAAAGUUGGACUCAUGGGAGGAGCACAUCUUCUCUGCCUUAGGUAAUUUUUGAGGAUUCUGGGAGAAUUCAGGAUGCACUCAGAGGAGUCUGGGGGAUUCGAACCAGAACACUACCCUAACCCUGACUUGCCAUGGCCUUGUUGAUGAUGGUUCUGGAUC